AUGCAACAAGGUCUUCCUGCGGACGGGUCCGGGGAUGCCUUCGCUCUUACACAGGACGCAAGUGGGACUGGAGCAGGUGCAGGACCGCUACCCACAGGCUUUGGUGCACCAAGCUUGAACCCCUCAGGAAGCACUCUCACGGAGUUCACAAAGAGAAGGAAUUGGUCCCAGCGAGUGCUGGAAGAACUACGGGACUUCUUGCACAUAUUGACACCGGAUGGCAGGAUUAUCUACGUUUCGCCGUCGUGCAAGGCCCUGACCGGAUACGAACCGUCACAGUUAAUCAACCGCUUCAUUGGCGAAUUCAUACACCCUGACGAUAGCGGCAUAUUCGUGAAGGAAUUCAACGAGUCCAUCGCGACCGGUCACCCACUACGCUUUUUCUACCGCUUCCGUAAGAUGGACGAGUCUUGGAUCAUUUUCGAAUCUCACGGACAUCCCCACUUGAGCCAUAACGAACCGACGCAACCCUUUCUUCCUCCCGGUCACAACUGUCGCGGAUUUUUCAUGAUGUCUCGACCGUAUCCUACAAAAAAUGCCGCGCUGUUGGAUUCCUUCCUGGAACACAAGAUCGAGAAUGAGAGGCUCAUGAAGCGGAUAGCAGAGCUGAAACGUGAGGAACAAGAGGAGACAGAAGGACAGGACAGCUCGUGGGUGCGGAAGCCGGAUGGAACAUCCAUUACAGUUUCAGAAUCGCACGGCCAAACAGAGAGCGAUAACCAGUCUGCGGCAUACAUUGCUAUGCCGCCACCAGCGAAGCCGGUCAUUUCCAAUACUGCUCUCACCCGGCAAAAUCUCGACGAAGCACUUGCGGCCAGCAAGCCAGAUAGUAUUAACGAUAAGAUGGCACGUUACGAAGGGGCGACACAUCUGGAGACGAUUGAAAUGCUCACUGGUCUGCGAUAUCGGGAUGGGGAGCGAUCGCAGGGUAUCAGUACCGGCGACGCCAGCCCAUUGCUCAUUCGCGGAGAUGCUGGCAUUCAGAUAUCUCUUGACCGGGACGGCAGAAGUUCGUCGGAUAAGAAGAAGAAGCUGAAAAUCGCCGAUGAAUAUGUCUGCACAGAUUGCGGUACCCUGGAUUCACCAGAGUGGAGGAAGGGUCCGAACGGACCUAAAACAUUAUGCAACGCUUGCGGAUUACGCUGGGCGAAGAAGGAGAAGAAAAAGCAGACUAACUCCAGUGGUGGUGGAACCCAUCACACCCCUGGAAUGCCAAUGCAUACCAGCACGAACAGUAGCUGA